AUGAUGAUCAAAAAUGUUCAAAACGCAGUCAGAGUCGAUAAAUGUGCAAAAGACGUACCUCUUCAGUCACCAGUGGAUAACGGUAGAUUCAUAAGCCCCGAGGUCUACAGAUUCAACAGACAAAAAUAUCUAAGAAGCUACACCUUCGAAUGCUACGACUACGAUGGUGAAGACCACUUGUCGGCCAAGAAACAGAGUAAGUGGCUCAAGAACAAGAAAAAGGUCAUGAAGAUGAAGAAGACGAACGGCUCUCUUCGCCACUCGUUCAAGACUUGUCUCAGGCUCUUGUUCUCUUGCUUUCAUGUCUGA